UCAAUUAAAAAGAGUCAGAUAAUUUAAAACAUAAUCCGUUAAAACUGAGAGUCAGGAAGUGUACAAUUGCGGCAUGACUGUCUGAGUUGUUACAGGAUUGUUGUGCUGUGUCGUUGGGCGUAUUGCUUUGCAUGUUGAAGGCGGAGCAGCUACAGAGGAUCUAACGUUAAACGUAUUGGUGAUACUUUUACAUUGGAAAGGGCGAGACCACCCUGCUAACCGUAAACUAGCUUUAAUAUCUAGACAUAAACACCACCACUCUCUUCUGUGAGACCUACAACGCUUCACAUCUAACGCUCAUUACCAGGCAGACAUGGCUGCUACUCAAUGUGUAACCAAGGUGGAGCUGACUGUGUCCUGUGAGAAUCUUCUGGACAAGGACAUCGGCUCAAAGUCUGACCCCAUGUGUUCCCUGUUGAUGAGCAGCACUGACUCCCAGUGGUAUGAGGUGGGACGCACUGAGCAAGUCCAGAAUUGCCUGUGCCCAAAGUUUGCAAAAAAGUUUGUCAUCGACUACUACUUUGAAAUAGUGCAGAAACUGAAGUUUGGGAUUUAUGACAUCGACAAUAAAACUAUCGACCUGAGUGACGAUGACUUCCUGGGGGAACUGGAGUGUACGCUGGGCCAGGUUGUGUCCAGUAAAAAACUGACCCGACCCCUUCUCUUGAAGAAAAAAUCCCCUGCAGGAAAAGGGACCAUCACAAUCAGUGCAGAAGAAAUCAAAGAUAACAGGGUGGCCAAUUUUGAAGUUGAAGCAAGAAAACUUGAUAACAAGGAUUUCUUUGGGAAGUCCGACCCUUACCUGGAAUUCUACAAGCAGACAGCAACUGGAUGGCAGCUGGCUCACAGGACCGAGGUAUACACAGUAUUCUGAUAUCAAUGUUUGAUUUCUUUCCUGUCAUAAAUAAAUCGACCCCUUUCCCAGAAGGGGAUAGUACAACUCUAUGAAGAUAAACAGUUUGUAUUACCUGGUCGGUUAAACUCCCAUUUAUCAGGUUUCAUUCAUUAGGCGCAUUCACACCGCAGUACUUUUCCCACAAAGGUUAAUGAGAACUUAGUU